UGACGUCAGGAGCUGGCGAGUGGGAGUGUUCGGAUAAAAAUGGCUGAAUAUUUAGCUUCGAUUUUCGGGACUGAGAAGGACAAGGUUAACUGCUCUUUUUACUUUAAGAUCGGGGCCUGCCGGCACGGGGACCGGUGCUCCCGGCUGCACAACAAACCGACUUUCAGCCAGGCAGCGUUACCCUCUGUGCUCAGUUUCUGCCCUUUUAAAAAUUUUGUUCAGACCAUAGUGCUGCUCAACCUAUACCGAAAUCCACAGAACACGGCCCAAACGGCAGAUGGAUCUCACUGUCACGUGAGCGACGUGGAGGUGCAGGAACAUUAUGAUAACUUCUUUGAGGAGGUGUUUACAGAACUGCAGGAGAAGUAUGGAGAGAUUGAAGAGAUGAAUGUUUGCGACAACCUCGGGGACCACCUUGUGGGCAAUGUCUAUGUUAAGUUCCGGCGGGAGGAGGAUGCAGAGCGGGCAGUGGCUGAACUCAAUAACCGUUGGUUCAACGGGCAGGCUGUGCAUGCUGAGCUGUCGCCUGUCACCGACUUCCGGGAGUCAUGCUGCCGGCAGUAUGAGAUGGGAGAAUGUACCCGAGGUGGUUUCUGCAACUUCAUGCACCUGCGACCCAUAUCCCGAAACCUCCGGAGACAGCUCUAUGGGCGGAGACCCAGGCGCAGGUCACCUCCAAGGUCCCAUAUGGGCCACCAUCCCCGAGAAAGGCACCGUAGGCAUUUCCCAGACCACCGCCAUGGCCGCUUCUGAGACUAGUCCCUUGCCCCUCCCCCACGAUCAUAGAUGUUCCUGGCCAGGACCCCUCCUCAAAACCCCUUCACUCUGGCCCCAUCCUCCUCAGGCUUAAUGAUGUAAUCUGUUCUACACAGGGACUUUCUCUUACUGCCCUUCCCCUAAUAAAGCUCCACACUGACUCUGUCUAA